AUGUCAGCGCAGACAGCGACACACCAAGGCCGGAAUUUUGAUGCAUCUAGCAGGAUGCGGCGCCCUCGACGUGCCGCAUCGCAUGACUGCCUGCAGCGCAGUCCGGCAGAGCUGAGCGUCUCGCCGACGACGGCGAUUGGCGCCUUGGCGCCGCAGCACCGUGUGCACCCCAGCGACAACCCUGGGCCCAGUGAUGUGCCGUACGUAUUUCCGCAUUCACCAAGCGGCAUGGCUUUUUAUCGCACACCGGGCCGCGCCGAAUCGCCGCGGCUAUUGCGGAAGCCAUCGCGCAUUUUGCGCAUGUCGCGUCCCUUCUCGCGCUACGGCGAGCGCAAGAACUCUGCGAGCGGCGAUAGUCGCGCAGGGACGCCGACCAGUCUUGCGUCUAUGAAUACAUCGCCUCCUAUAAGCUCGUCGCGUUCUACGCCUCGCCUGAUCCAGGAAAUAAACGCCGCUCCUGGCGCUCCUCCGACCAUCGCACGGAUGCGGUCCCGAGCCGCACUCGUACAUGCGCGCGAUUCGCCCGAGCCCAGUGCUGCACGCAGCGCUGAAGCGACCUACAUUGACGAGAUGGGCGGGAUACUGGCGCUGGGCGCGAGUCCUAUGGGCGUCGAUACGGGCCUAGCGUCUUCCCAGCCAAGUUUACAGGACACGGCGUGGAUGGAAGAUUGCGCUGCGCUCGAGGCUGCGCCGCGGUCUGCGCCAAGCGGGCUCGGUCUCUUUUUGGAUGCCGACACGUUUGAGUGGGCACAGCCGCACAUGCCUGCGGCAGAGCACGCCGAGCAAGGGCGCUCGACGCCGCCGCUGCGCCAGCCCAAGCAGCGGGGGCAGCACUCGCUGUGGUGGGCCGGGAAGUGGCGCGAGAAGCCACUGCCGCUCACCGGAACCUCGCCCGAUGUCGACCAUGCUGUGACCAAACGCCCCAGUGUCAGCAAGCUGCGCCUCUUUGCCGGCGGCGCCGAGGACGAAGAGCGCGCGCCUCGGCCACUCUUCCGACGUCUGCGCAGCGAUGCAUGGCUCAAUACCCACACAGACGUAUCUCCCACGCCGCGCGACUUGCCGCCAAGUGCGCCUUUUGCCGAGUCAAGUGUCUCGCCCGGCACGCUGAGCGCAGAGUGGCUCAGCCAAGGGAGCGAGCGUGCGCUCACGAGCACCACGAGCAUUCUGGACGAGAGUGGCGAUGUACAGAAACGCCAGCAGCAGCGCCACCACGUUCUCCGCGAGCUUGUCGAGACCGAGCGGAAGUACGCCGCGGAUUUGACGGUCGUCAAGGAACUGUAUCUUGCCCAAGCACGUCUGCACGCAGGCAUCCACACGCCCCUCUCCCAGUCCGUCUCUGCCUACUUUGGCUCGCCGCUCUCUGGGCAACACACAGGAUCGCCGCCCGCCGCCCGGCCCCCGUCGAAUUACUCGACAAGGAGCAGCACUCGGGAAGCGACCGCGCAAGCCGCGCUGCGGCAUCCCAUGUCGCCGCCGCGCCAAGAGAAACGCGCGUCGCGCCAGUCGCUUCACAACGAAGAGGAGCUGCUUGGCUCCGGAUGGCGUGCAGAGUCGCGCCUUUGCUCCCCGAUGCACGGCCGCAAAAGCCCGCAGCCAGCGCCACCCUUGAGCGUGGCGGAUAUCCAUGUGAUUUUCGCAGGCCUCGAGCAGUGCACCGCGCUUGCGACGGGCAUGAGCACGCAGCUGGACGCGGCAUUGCACGCCGACGGAGCGCGCGGUGUCGCCGACGUAUUCCAGCAGCACAUGGAGCAGAUCGAGCAGGUCUACGCAUUCUACUGUGCGCGCCAUGCGCCGGCCAUGCUCCGAUUAAAGCAGGUCACUGCGCGCAAUCCCGCUGCCGCUGCGUUCCUGCGCGAGUGCGACGAGACGUCGCGCCAGCAUUCGACUGCGUGGGACCUGCCUUCGCUGCUCAUCAAGCCCGUGCAGCGCGUCCUGAAAUACCCCCUUUUUCUCCAAUUGACCCUCGACAGCACCGAGGCACACAGCGUGGAGUAUGCCGUGCUGGCGCGCGCGCUUGGCGAUAUACAGCGCGUCGCCGACCGCAUCAAUGAGGACAAGAAACGUACCGAGUUUGUCGCACAGCACGGCUUCCAUACCCCCGCAGGAUCGCGCCCUUCUGCAUUUCGCCGCACGCCCGCGGCGCUGCGCAUGAGCAAGAACAAUGUGCGCCCGUCCGAAGAGCUCGCGCCGCUGACGGAUGACGAGCCGCUUUUUCAGGCGCUGACGAUGCGCCUCGCCGCCGCAGAGCGCGCAAUGCAUCUCUUUGCGGACCAAUGUGCGGAUUGGGCGGCGUGUACGCGACGUAUGUACGAGGAGGAGCUGCAAAUGAUCGACGAGUGGCUACGUGUGUACUAUGCAGGGCGCGUAUUUGACGCCCUCGCCGCCGUAGACAGGCUCUCACGGUACCGCAACGUGCUCAAGAACGAGUUCCUCGGCACGAUUUGCCGCACCGCGGAGCAGCAAAUUGCGCAUACGGUGCAGCAUACGGUGAAGCAGGUACAAGCGCUUCUCGAGAGCCCGCGCAUUGUGCUUGCAAAUCGCGCAAGCAAAGAGGUCGACUACCGCAGGUAUUUGCAGGAGCGCACGCGCCGCCCAAACGCCAAGCCUAGCAGCGGCGCCACCACCUUUUUGCUCCUCCACACCCAGCUCGUGAAGGAAUUGCCCUUUUUGCUGCGCGGCUUGGAGUUGAUUAUGGAGCGCUGCGUCACGUUUUUGCUGCAUAUACAGACUACGCUGCAUGCUUCGGCCAUGUACGAGCUUCGCUCGUUUGCCGCGACAUACUUUCCCGCCCUCAUGACGCCGACCAGCGCUGCGCUGACGCCGACGAGUGCUGGCGACGCCCUGCCUUGGCAGGGAAAGAAGGAGCCCAAUUUGGUAGCAGACGAGCCGAGUGUGCCGAUCAUUGUGUCGCCCCCGCGCGUUCCCCCGCGCGCCGCGUCGAGGCCCCGCCACGAACACUACGCGUCGAUACAAACGGCCAAGCCGCAUAGCCCCGAGCGCUCGCAUCGCGAUAGUAUGUAUGAUUCGAGUACGGGGCACCAGCAGAGCUGGAUGGAUGCGCGCAUGUCGCUGAGCGGCCUUUCCAUCGCUUCGGCGGACGACGGCGACGUUUCGCGCACCACCACGCUGGACAUGCACCGCUAUCCGCUCCCAGGCGCGUUUCAGUAA